CCCUUUGCACGGCGUCCUUUGAGCUUUAUCUCCCUUGUGUGCAACAUGGCUAGCAUUUCGAAGUCGCGGUUUUCAGUUCUUCGAAUUGAAGAUGAUGAAGAGGAAGUGAGCACAGCUGACGGAAAUGCAGGAAAUAAAAACCACUCGAAUUCCUCGGCAGCAAAGAAGAAGAAGAAAAAGAAAAAAAAGGAUGAUGAGGAUCUUCGCAACUUGGCCUUUGGCAGGCAGACAGGUAGAAUCCAUAAGAAUUCUGGAAGUGAACAGCAACGUGGCAAACCAAGAGAAGGCGAAGGGUGGGAUGAGUGGAAACUGCGUGACACUGAGGCUGUGCAAGACAUGUUUGAGAAAGAUAUGCAGCAGGCUAUCCUUGAGAGCAAGAUGGCGUUUGAACAGCAACAACAGCAUCAGGGCAAGAAAACAACAGAGGACCAGGAAAAAACAAAUGCACCUGUAAACGACAACAAAAGUGGUAAACAGAAGAAGAAAAAGAAGACUGGCAAACCACAGACAAUGAGUUUAGAAGAGUUCAAGCAAAUGCCUGCAGAAGUUGCCCAAAACAGUGAUGAUGAGGAGGUAACUGCAGAUCCUGCUCCACCACCGGUACACACGCGAUUACCCUUGGUCAACCAGGAUCCUCACUACUUUGAGAACUUGAAGACUGAUGCAGAAAAGAUAGUACAAAAAGAACGCAUACAUGAGGAGUACAAAAAACAAUAUGCUCAAGAAUCUCUGAUGAGUUCCAAAUAUCGUGAGCUGCUAGAGAAAAAGGAUGGAGAGAUAGCAGAACUGCAAACACGUUUGAAAGACCUAGAGGAAGAACUUAAACAAGUGAAAAAGAGAAACAAACAGCUGUGUUUUAUUCUUGCACAAGGAGAGAUGAAAGACAAAGCACAGGUGCUUAUGCAAGUGGAAGAGUUAACUGCAGUCAAGGAUGAGUUGACAGAACAGGUUUCAAGACUUACAGCAGAUCUAGAAAAAGAGAGAUCCAAAGUGCAUGCUCUAAAACUGGAAAACGACAAGCUGAAGGGUAAACAUGGAAACAAAUAAGCAAACUUUGGACAUGGCCUUGGAAUAUUCUAAACACCUUGACUGUCUGCAUCAGACUUGGAGGAAAGCUUAACCUGUAAAAAUAUUUCAUUAGAUAUAUGUGCCCAGGGUUUUAAUUUUAGCACUGGCAGCUUUAGGAAGUUGCACAAGAGGAGUACCAGCAGUUGCUUGUGUUGAAAGAUCACUAAUACUUCUAAUGCACUUUGUGGGUGGGGUCGGGGGAAUCAUUUCUAAUAUAGUUUUAUAAAAUAUUUAUUUUUAUAGUUUCAAGCCUUUUAAGUAAAGUUGCUGAUGCGGGAAAUACUCCAUGUUGGCGGUUCUAUGCAAGAAAAUAAAAUAUGUUCACCUUAUUCCCAUCAUUUUAAUACAGUGCCCCUGGGAUAGUUACUUUGUGGUAUUGUGCUAUUGCAUUCAAGGGCAAAUAUCAUCUGUCAGCUGUGGUUAAUGGUCGAAGCCAGCAUAUUAAUAUUAUGACCCUUCUUGGAGACAUGAAUGCUAGAAGCCAGAAGACAAAUAAAAAACAUUCCACAACAGUGA